CGACAAACGGAUUCUCUGUCAGUUCUUGAGUCGACAGUGGAAGUCUCGGUCAGUCGAAGCGUUACGUUAGUCCUGUUCAAGAUGGUGGCACUUUCAGCAUUCGUCCUUCUGAUCACUAUCGGCGCUAUCUCCGCACAGAUCGAGAGCUACAAAGGUUGCUACACGGCAAGUAUUGGCCUCACUGCCAGCGGGACUUCCCAGGACAUGGUCAACGCCGACUGUGUCGAACACUGUAGGACCCAGGGCAAGGCCUACUCAGCGACAGGCGAAGGGAAGCACUGUGUCUGUUUGACGGCAGCCGACAUGCAGAACCUCAGCCCAGCCUCCGACUCACAGUGUGACGUCAGCUGCACGGGAAAACUGACGGAAAAGUGCGGAGGAACCGACGAGACGGUCACCGUGUGGAGCACCGGGCAAGGAAAGCGUGAGCUGGCAGCGAAGACAACUUCAGAGAACUUGAGAACGACCUCCACACAGAGCUACAAAGGCUGCUACACAACAAGUGAUGGAGCUCUCACCGCCAGUGGUCAUGAGUCGUCUCUGCACAUGACCAACCAGGACUGUGCCAAACACUGUGUGGCCCAGGGCAAGGCGUAUUCUGCGACAGGAGAAGGCAAGCACUGUGUCUGUUUGGCGGACCUACAGAGCCUCAGCCCAGUCUCCGACUCACAGUGUGACGUCAGCUGCACGGGAAAAGUGACGGAAAACUGCGGAGGAGUCGACGAUAUCGUCACCGUCUGGAGCACCGGGCAAGGGAAGCGACUGUUGACGUUGAAGAUGUUGGUUGAGGCCAUGAGAGACACCGUGUGAUACAACUACAAACCUGACUGACACUCAACUAGCUACUAAUGGGAGAUUUGACAAGUCGGUCAACACAUCGAAGAGAAAGGGCCAGGCAUUUUAUCCAAACUAUGUAAUGAUAUGAACAUUGUGUAACACAUU